GAUUGUACCUAUGAUUAGAAUACGAAAAGAAGUCAAAACUGAAGCAGAGUACAACCGAAGUCCGGGCGAGGGAAGGAUCCAAUUUUCUCUGUAUAUCGAUUUGCAAACAAAAGUAAAGAUUGAUCGGAUCUGCAAAUCUUUUGUCAAGUUUGGUGUUCUUGCUCGAUUGGCCGUGCUAUUAAAUAAAUCGAUUCGUCAUGAGUUACCGGAGGGAUCAUCGAUCCUCAAGAUCUGCACUUCUUGACGACCUCGGUAGCCUUGAGGAGGGCAGUAUAAGAUCUGCAUCAUAUUCAAAUGGUAUUGAUGAUAACGACAAUGAGAAAGCUAUGGACACUUUGCAUGAUAGAGUCAGCUUUUUAAAAAGACUGACAGGGGACAUACAUGAGGAGGUAGAGAGUCACAACCGUAUGCUAGAUCGAAUGGGCAAUGCCAUGGAUUCCUCCCGAGGAUUCUUGUCAGGAACAAUCGAUCGUUUCAAAAUGGUAUUUGACAAGAAAUCGAAUAAGAGAACCUGCAAACUUGCAAUGUAUUUCGUGGUUGGUUUCUUUGUGCUGUACUUUAUGAUUAGGACACUCUUGUAUUUCCUCUACGGUUAACAUAAGAUUACGGCACGUGCUGGGGGUGCAUUUUGAUCGAAUUCUUGAAGAUGAAUCCAGAGGCGUACAUAAAUAUUUCUUCGAUGGAAAUAUGAAUGAUUGAAAUCGCGCCUUAUUUACGAAGGUGUUCUUUAUGCGGCUUUCUGUGCCAUCGGGGCUCGUCGAAAUGCCUUUGUUCAUUUCAAAUUUAGUCCUCAUAAGCAUGUUUUUCUUGUACAUUUCAUGUACAUUUUAUAGCCAAAAAAGGUUCAGUUACAGUUAAUUAUUUAUACGUAUGUACACUUAUAAUAGUUUGUGUUGUGUUUAUGAGAAGGGAGAGAUGAAUUUUGAA